AUGGAAGAGUCUGUUUCUAAAAAAGACAGCGAUCUCUUCGAAAAAUUAGAGUUCAACCCUACCAAAGAUCACCUUUCUGAGGCGGUCGACGAAAACUAUCAGCCCUCAGAAAAAUCGGUGGAAGAUCAAAAGCAUUUUGUGCACGAGUCUGAACAAGACAUUGAUAUCAAAGUCGUGAAUGAACUUGCCAGUCUCGAAGAUGAUCCUACUUUACCAUGUUUAACGGUUCGCGCCCUUGUUGUUGGUUCUCUUUUGGCGUGCCUUAGCGCAUCCGUGUACCAACUGAUGUUGUUCAAGCCCGUAGGCUUACCCUUGACAAAUACCUUCAUGCUAAUGGUCGCCUACGUUGUCUGUCAUGCAUGGGCCCGACUACUUCCUAGUGGAGGCUGGUUAAAUCCUGGCCCUUUUAAUGUCAAAGAACACACCUGCAUCUACGUGCUUGUCUCCUCCGCUAAUACUUCGGCUUAUGCCACUUAUAUUCUGUCAGCUCAAGAGCUGUAUUACAACGAUACUCCCAAUGCGGCUGGUUCCAUCUUUUUACUCUUUGCUACCCAAUUGGUGGGCUACGGUAUUGCUGGUCAAUUGCGUCCCUUCUUGGUCUACCCAGCCAACAUGAUCUGGCCCACAUCGCUUCCCACCGUCUCGUUGUUACGAACGCUCAAUUCCGACCGGGCAGAAGCAAAAUGGCGUACACGCUUUUUCUUUAUCGUUUUCGGAUGCGUGUUUAUUUACGAGUUUAUUCCUCAAUACAUGUUCCCUCUCUUGGGCGGCAUCUCCAUCUUUUGUCUGGCCAAGCGGGACUCGCCCUGGUUUCAGCGUCUUUUCGGCGGAUUGGCGGUAAAUGAAGGUCUCGGUAUCCUACAGUUCAGCUUUGACUGGAAUUACCUGUCUUAUUUCAAUCCAUUGGUGUUGCCACUUUGGGUCCAGAUGAACAUUUACGGUGGUGUUCUGUUACUGUGGUUACUUGCGCCUUUAUUGUACUAUUACAACGUCUGGGAUGCCCAAAGCUUCCCUUUCUUGUCCAAUUCUAUUUUUGCCCUCAAUAGCACCACCGGUGAAUCCGAGAUUUAUCCACAGCACAAGGUUCUAAACCCAGACAAUUCCUUGAACCAAACACUUUUGGAACAAGUCGGCAAUCCUCGCUUCUCGACCAUUUUUGCCGUUCAAUACAUCUUUAUCAAUUUUGGUGUCACGGCUUCCAUUACCCAUAUUGCUUUGUUCUACGGAAAGGAGAUAUGGCAAAGCAUUCGCCUCACCAAGGCAAGCGUCAAGAACAACAAUGACGACCCGCACAUGCGAUUAAUGCAAGCGUAUAAAGAAGUUCCCAACUGGUGGUACUACAUUGUAUUUAUCCUUGGUAUCGCUGUUAACAUUGGUUUGGCCUACGCCAAUCACAGUCAGUUACCGUGGUGGGGUGUGAUUCUUGCUAUUGCCCUUUCGACCUUUUUGUCGUUGCCGAUUAAUAUGAUCUCUGCUAUUACCGGCACUGGUUUCGGUCUGAAUGUGUUUGCCGAAAUGAUUUGCGGUUUUGUCCUUCCUGGACUGCCGGUUGCCAACAUGUACUUCAAGACACUUGGUUUCAAUACUCUGAAUCAAGCCGGUGUGAUGGCGAGCGAUUUGAAAAUUGGCCAUUAUCUGAAGAUCCCUCCGCGCAUGGUGUUCCUGAACCAGAUGAUUGGUACCGUCAUUGGUUGUAUCUUCAAUUACAUUGUCAAUUAUAGCGUCGUGAACAACGAGAGAGAAAUCCUUUUGGAUCCUGUCGGCAGCAAUAUUUGGAACGGAGCGUCACCACAGACCAUUAAUUCCGCCGCUAUUACUUGGGGCGCUAUUGGACCGAUGGUGAUGUUCGGCCCUAACAGUAUGUACUAUAUCAUUCUUUGGGCUUUCCUUAUCGGUCUUGCCUUGCCUGUUCCUUGCUGGUUGCUGCACCGACGUUUCCCCAAAGCUGGCUUCAACUUGGUUAAUAUUCCAAUGAUUCUCGUUGGUUUAUGCGUGGUACCUGGUUCGGCUUCCUCUUGGGUCACCGUGUCAUUUAUCAUCAUCUUGGUCACCCAAGGCUACAUCAAACGCCGAUAUCGAGAGUGGUUUGUCAAGCACAACUAUUUGAUCUCGACAGCCUUGGAUUCCGGUACAUCUCUCAUGCUCUUCAUUAUUGCUUUUGCUUUGAACGGCGGUGCCAACGGCAAGAUCUAUCCAUUCCCUGAUUGGGCCGGCAACCGACAGGACCUCAAAUACGUCGAUUAUUGCUGUGCCGACUGCAAUUAA